GCCACGUACUAAACAGCGGGACGGCUUCGUUGCGCCUUAGCGACACUUUCCACUUUGCUUCGCCACGUGAUCACACAGCGUAUCAUGGAGCGCGUCCGAGCGAUCGAGGUCGGCCUCGUCCUCCUCACAGCAGCCCAGUCGGUGCUCGCACAAGUCGAGACGGCCAGCGAGGUCGGCCGGUACAUCAUCACCGUCGUCCUCGUUGGCGUCCUUGCCUUUCACAUUGCGCGUGGCGUCCUCGUGCCGGGCUAUGCCCUCAUGGUCCUCAACACUGUCCUGAUGUUCGGCUCGUUCUCGGUCCAGUACAUUGUCAUUGCCCAAGCGCUGUUAUGGGUGCUCCUUGCGCUUGGCGUGUACCUCUUCCCGCUGCCCGCCUUUCCCAAAAUGACCUCCACCUACCCCAACGUCGGCUGCAUCACCGAUCGCCUCGAAGACCUCGACGUCCGCAUCUUCUACCCAUCGCCGGCGUCGAGCAGCAAGCGCAUCUUCCUGCCGUAUUUGCACCACGGCAAGCACUUGGCCAUCGGGCUGAGUAUCUUCGCCAAGAUCCCGGCGUUCAUCUUUUCGCACUUUAAGAACGCGUGGCUGCACGCUGUCGUGGAUGUCCCGCUGCUGCCACCGCCGUCCAAGAAUGGGUGGCCCGUCCUCGUCUUUAGCCACGGCCUCGGCGGGUCGCUGGAGAUGUACGCCGUGCUCCACGAGCAGCUCGCGAGCCAAGGGUACAUUGUGUUUGCACUCAACCACAACGACGGGUCGUCGUCGGUGAAUCGGCUCGUCGACGCCACCGGGCGCGUCACGUACGAUUACUACCACCCGCUUCCGCCAGAGGCCGCGAAAGACUGGGAUAACGUCGAGUACAAGAUCCGCAACAGUCAGUUGCAGCAACGCGUGGCCAAUGUUCAGAGCAUGAUCAACGCUGUCGAGACGCUGCGAGCCGACCCGACCAGCGUCUUCUACCAAAAGCUCAACCUCGAUGCGAUCGGCCUCGUGGGACAUUCCUUUGGCGGGGCGACCGUCGUGACUGCGGCGACCCGGGAUACCCGAGUCAAGGCGAUUGUGGCUAUGGACGUAUGGAUGGCGCCGCUUGACAAGGACGUGGUGCUCAACGGCCCACGUCUUCCGGUGUUGCACUUGAUCUCGGAGCAGUGGGUCAACUGGACAACGCACAUGGAGACGCUCUCGAAGAACGUAUCAUCGGCGACGCACCCGGACACGCAGCUCUACGCAAUCAAGGACUCGCGCCACAACAACUUUUCCGAUCUCGGCCUCUUCUCGCCGAAAAUCAGCCAACUCGCACGGGCAGCCGGCAAGAUCGAUGUGACCUACGUGCUCGAGGUCAUUGCCGACGUCACGGGCGCGUAUUUGAAGCCGCACUUGGACAACGGCAACGCUUUAUCCUGGACAGACCUCGAAGCCAAGUACCCCGAGCUCGCCAACAUGCACCAGCGCACCGAAGCGUCAACCGACGGGUACCAGACGUUUGCGUCGCCCAAACACACGGCGAGUGUUUAACGACAAGUACACCAGUGUUGUCGUGAAUGACCCUUUGCUUCGUUUCGGGAAUUGGAUAUAGUAGCACCCCAC